AUGAAUUUAUCAUCUGAAGAAAGGCAGGAAGCGAAGAAGCGGAUUGAAAAGAAGCGCUCACUUUACUUCGAGGUCGUUUGUUGCCUGGGGUAUAUAGCGUGUCGUUCGUGGAUAAUCGCUGGUUUCCCAAAGCAAAUUCGAAGUCGUGAGAUUUUGACGGCACGAAUGAGUAUCAAAGAAGGUUAUCUUGCCACGUAUAAUGGUGUUCAGUUGAUGGGAUGGGCAUACAUACUGUCUUUGUACAUAUCUGAGUCAUUUAUUAGGAAGAAUUGGUUUAAACCCAGUACGCAGGUAGAUGUUCUUUUGCGUCUGUUUCAAUCGCUAGCUAUCAUGGAGGUAAUUCAUGCUGCUAUAGGAUUAGUUAGAUCUUCUGUCAUCACAACUCUAAUGCAGAUAUCUUCUCGAUUAUUGGUAGUAUGGGGUAUUUUGUACAUCAUACCGGAAGCAACAAAUAGUAAUUUUGGUGUGCCGCUAAUAGUUAUAUCAUGGUCGAUUGCGGAAAUGGUUCGAUACACAUACUAUAUGGCAGAUAUUUGUGGUGUGAAGUUGUACUUCUUAACAUGGCUAAGGUAUUCAGCAUUCAUGGUUUUAUACCCAACUGGGAUCUCUGGGGAAGUCCUGCUAAUGGUGAGUGGAAUAAAAAGACUGAAAGAAACUGGUAAAUACUCAGUUGAUCUUCCAAACGCUUCAAACUGUUCCUUCAGUUAUCUGAUCGCUCUAGUGGUUACACUUGUGAUCUACAUUCCGGGAUCAAAGGUCAUGUAUACACACAUGUUACGCCAAAGGAAGAAGACAAUACAAAAGAGUGACUGA